AUGAAGGAACCUCUUGGGUCUGUUCCUCCUCGUCUGCAGCGCAUGAUGCUGCAGCUGCAGCGAUAUGAGUUGGACGAGCGCUAUACAUCGGGAAAGGCAAUACCAGUAGCAGAUGCACUGUCUCGAGCGCAACUCCCGACAACUGCAGACGCGGAUAACAGGAUGAAUUCAGACAUAGAAGUCAUGGUCCACGCAAUCACUAGCUCACUUCAAAUGAGUGAGACUCGAAGAGAUGAACUACAAAGAGCAACAGCUCAAGAUGAAGAAUUGCAAGCUCUCAGAAACGUUAUCUUUUCAGGAUGGCCAGAUAAUAUCAAGGCAGUCCCAUCUAUAGUCAGGCAGUUUUGGACCAUCAGAGAAGAGUUGCACGAGGCUGACAAGAUGUUAUUCAAAGGCACAAAAGUUAUAAUCCCAGCCAUAUUUCGAUCAGAAAUGCUCCGGAGAAUUCACAAAGGUCAUCAAGGGGCAGAGAAAUCUAAAGAACGGGCACGAGCAGUAAUGUACCGGCCGAACAUGAACAAGGAGAUUGAGGAUUACGUCAGCAAGUGCACAACCUGUCUGCAAGUACUGUCGUCUGUGAUAUUCUUGAGUAGGCAGGGUCUUGCUUUUAGAGGAGAUGGAGAUGAAUCAGAUGGUAAUCUACAACAGCUGCUUUGUCUACAAGAGUGA